UGCAUGCAUAUAAAUACCCCAUGCUAAAUCUCAUAUUUUUUCACACAACCCUUCAAAAAGUCCUUACUUGCAAGUUUCUUUCUGUUUUCUUUUUCUUUCUUCUGGUUCAUUCUUGAGCUCAAGACAAUGGCGAUUGGGCAGUGCAAAGAUAUUGAACAAGGAGAAAUUAAUGAUCUUCAAGAUUUGGAAAGACCGUUGAUCCAUGAAGAGAAAGCUGUUUCUUUUAAGAAUGAUGAGGAGGAGAAUGGAUCCAUGAACAUGGUUCUGCUUAGCACAUUUGUUGCUGUUUGUGGUUCUUUUGAAUUUGGGUCUUGUGUGGGCUAUUCAGCACCCACUCAAUCUGCAAUUAUGGAAGAUCUUAGUCUCACUACAGCGCAGUACUCCAUGUUUGGCUCUAUAUUAACAAUUGGUGCAAUGAUUGGUGCUGUUACAAGUGGCCGGAUCUCAGACUAUAUUGGUAGAAAAGGGGCAAUGAGAAUGUCGGCUAUAUUUUGCAUUACAGGAUGGCUAGCUGUCUUUUUCUCUAGAGGAUAUUUAUCUCUUGACAUGGGAAGGCUUUUCACUGGUUAUGGCAUUGGAGUUUUCUCCUUUGUGGUCCCAAUCUUCAUAGCAGAAAUAGCCCCAAAGAAUCUUCGUGGAGGGCUGACCACAUUGAAUCAGCUGAUGAUUGUUACUGGAUCAUCUACUGCAUUCUUAAUAGGAAGUGUCAUAUCAUGGAGAAUACUGGCUCUAACUGGUCUUGUUCCAUGCAUUUUCCUGCUUGUUGGUUUGGUGUUUGUUCCUGAGUCUCCUAGAUGGCUGGCAAAAGUUGGCAGAGAAAAAGAAUUCCAAGUCGCACUGCAGAAACUCAGAGGCAAAGAUGUUGAUGUUACACGCGAAGCAGCUGAAAUUCAAGUUUACAUUCAAACUUUUCAAUCUCUUCCUAAAGCUAGAAUUCUUGAUUUAUUCAAAAGGCAGUACAUUCGUUUUGUAUUUAUUGGAGUGGCUAUAAUGAUAUGCCAGCAAUUUGUUGGAAUUAAUGGCAUUGGAUUUUAUGUUAGUCAAACCUUUGUAUCAGCUGGAUUUUCGUCCGGCACAAUUGGAACAAUAGCUUACGCUUGUAUUCAGGUUCCCAUAACAGCAGUUGGAGCACUAUUAAUGGACAAAUCUGGAAGAAAACCACUGAUAAUGGUUUCUGCGGCUGGUACAUUCCUAGGCUGUUUCAUAGCUGGAGUUUCUUUCUUUCUCAAAGCACACAAUUUGUUACUCGGAUAUGUACCUAUAAUGGCUGUUUCAGGAGUGCUGAUAUUUAUAUCAGCAUUCUCAAUUGGAAUGGGAGCAGUUCCAUGGUUGAUAAUGUCUGAGAUCUUACCAAUAAAUAUAAAAGGAGUUGCUGGGAGCUUGGUGGUGCUGGUGAACUGGUUAGGCGCCUGGCUAGUUUCUUACACUUUCAACUUUCUCCUCAGCUGGAGUUCUGCAGGUACAUUCUUCUUAUACUCGGGAUUCUCAUUGCUGAGUAUUCUAUUCGUGGCCAAGUUUGUGCCAGAAACCAAAGGAAAAACACUUGAAGAAAUUCAAGAAUCUAUCAAUUCAUAGAAAGGAAGCAAGCUCAAUGAUUCAAAAGGAAAUUUUUGUGGGACCCUGGAAAUUUUUGAUACAAAUGCGAAAGGUGCAGCCUCAACAGCAGCAAGAAGUUAAAUAGCGAAAAAUCCGCUGCGCCUGAGGCACCAGAUCCAUCGGUAUCUUUUGGUGCUUACAGGAGGCUGCGAGGUCCUUAUGUGAAAGUUAUAGGUGUUUGUACCUUUAGUUAUUCAUUUAGUAGGCAGAUGAGUGAUGGAAAUUAACCUUUAUCCAAUUCCAAUUAGCGAAGAAGAAAUUCCCAAGCUUGCUGUUAAAAUGCAAGCUUCAAUUUGCACACAGGUCUCUUGUCAACCAGAAAUUUUACUUUUUCUAUUAUUAAUGCAGGCAACAGUCCUUAAAAGGCUUUGUUUGAA